CUUCCGGGUGUCUUCAAUGGAGAAAUCCGUUCACGUUUGACGAUAUCGUGUACUUUAAGUGAAAUUAACGCUUUCUUUUUCUGUUAAAAAAUGAACAGAAUUUUCGGACGGGGUAAACCAAAAGCACCUCCUCCGAAUCUUUCGGACUGUAUCGGCAAUGUGGACGCCAGGGCCGAGUCCAUCGAGAAGAAGAUCAGCAGGCUGGACGCGGAGCUCUUCAAGUAUAAGGAGCAGAUGAAGAAGAUGAGGGACGGGCCCUCCAAGAACAUGGUGAAACAGAAGGCCAUGCGAGUGCUGAAGCAAAAGAGGAUGUACGAGGGUCAGCGAGAGCAGCUGGCCCAGCAGUCUUUCAACAUGGAGCAGGCCAACUACACCAUCCAGACGCUCAAGGACACCAAGUCGACAGUGGAUGCCAUGAAGAUGGGCGCCAAGGAGAUGAAAAAGGCCUACAAGGAUGUCAAACUGGACCAGAUUGAUGACCUGCAGGACCAAUUAGAGGACAUGAUGGAGGACGCCAGCGAGGUUCAGGAGGCUCUCAGUCGCAGCUACGGCACUCCUGAUAUUGACGAGGACGAUUUGGAAGCAGAGUUGGACGCGCUGGGUGACGAGCUGCUGCUGGACGACGACAGCUCCUACCUGGACGAGGCCUCCGCCGCUCCCACCAUCCCCGAGGGCUUGCCCGGAGACAGCAAGACAAACAAGGACGGCGUCUUGGUGGACGAGUUUGGCCUCCCGCAGAUUCCUGCCACUUAAAUGCACUUUGACUGAAAGCUUUUUUUUUUUUUUUUCUUUCCAUUUACUGUAGAUGAACACAAAUACAUGCGAUUGGUGACUACAGUGUAGUGAAGCUCUCCUCGUGUUUGGGUUGUACUGCGCUAGCCGUGUAGCCCCGUAACAUACUCGUUUUUACUUCAUUCAGAAACAUCAUUUCACCUCAUGUUCGCCAUUUUUAAUGUAUUAAUUUCUCAACAUUGCUUUUAUGAUUUGAGUGUGGAGUUGAGAGCGUCUGCAGAUUUAAUGUUUGAAUUAAAUCUUGAUUUAUUGAUUAUUAUA